AUGUCGUUUCGCAAGGUGGUGCGGCAGAGCAAAUUCCGCCACGUUUUCGGGCAGCCGGUAAAGACGGAGCAGUGCUACGAUGACAUCCGCGUCUCCCGCGUCACCUGGGACAGCACCUUCUGCGCCGUCAACCCUUCCUUCGUCGCCAUCAUCGUGGAGGCCAGCGGCGGCGGCGCCUUCCUCGUCCUGCCCUUGCACAAGACCGGGCGCAUCGACAAGUCGUACCCCACCGUUUGCGGCCACACUGGUCCCGUCCUCGACAUCGACUGGUGUCCCCACAACGACCACGUCAUCGCCAGCGGUUCGGAGGACUGCACCGUCAUGGUUUGGCAGAUCCCCGAGAACGGGCUGAGCCAACCGCUGACGGAACCGGACCGCGUGUGCAUCAUCUCCUGGCCCCCCACCGCCCGCAACGUCCUGCUCAGCGCAG